AUGGAACAGCAGCGGUUAAAGAGGUGGACAGAGAAAUCUUCCUGUUACCACAGUCAGACAGCUUCUGUGGUCUUGCUGGUUUUGGCCAUGCUGUCUUUAGAAAUUCCUGGUGCUUCCCUCACCAACACAUUUCAUGCCGAGCAAAGAGACUGGACUUUUAGUCAUCUCACAGUGCACCAGAGCACAGGGGCAGUCUACGUUGGCGCAGUAAAUCGCAUUUAUAAGCUAUCAGGAAACUUAACAUUGUUGGUGUCCCAUAACACCGGUCCUGGAGAGGACAACAAAUCCUGCUACCCUCCUCAGAACGUUCAGCCAUGUAGUGAACCUCGUACACUGACCAACAAUGUGAACAAGCUGUUAAUCAUUGACUAUUCGGAGAAUCGGCUGUUGGCAUGUGGUAGUUUGUACCAGGGUGUAUGUAAGCUUUUACGUUUGGAUGACCUUUUUAUACUGGUAGAACCAUCUCAUAAGAAAGAGCACUACCUCUCUAGUGUCAAUGAAACUGGUACAAUGUACGGCGUGAUUGUUCACACAGAAGGUCAGGAUGGCAAACUCUUCAUUGGAACUGCAGUAGAUGGCAAACAGGAUUAUUUUCCUACACUUUCGAGUCGCAAGUUGCCUAGGGACCCAGAAUCGUCUACCAUGUUGGAUUAUGAGCUGUACAGUGACUUUGUGUCGUCCCUCAUCAAGAUCCCAUCCGACACUCUUGCUUUGGUCUCUCAUUUUGAUAUUUUUUACAUUUAUGGUUUUGCCAGUGGCAACUAUGUUUAUUUCCUCACUGUGCAGCCAGAAACUCCUGAAGGUAUUUCUAGUAAUUCAGCCAAUGACCUUUUCUACACAUCUCGAAUUGUACGGUUAUGCAAAAAUGAUCCCAAAUUUCACUCUUAUGUUUCGUUACCAAUUGGAUGCACAAAGAACGGGGUGGAGUACAGGCUACUGCAAGCCGCCUAUCUAACAAAACCAGGUGCCACCUUGGCUAGGUCUCUGAAAAUAUCAGUGCGGGAUGAUGUCCUUUUUGCAAUCUUCUCUAAAGGCCAAAAACAGUAUCACAAUCCACCCGAUGAUUCCACACUCUGUGUCUUUCCCAUCAAGACGAUCAAUGCUCUCAUUAAAGAAAGACUUCAGUCAUGUUAUCAGGGAGAAGGAAAUCUGGAGCUAAACUGGCUGCUUGGAAAGGCUGUCCAGUGCACUAAAGCUCCGGUACCCAUUGAUGACAAUUUUUGUGGUUUGGAUAUUAACCAACCCUUGGGAGGACUGAACUUGGUUGAAGGUGUUACACUUUAUACAGAAAGCAGAGACAGGAUGACGUCUCUGGCUUCCUACGUCUACAACAACUACAGCGUGGUAUUUGUUGGGACCAAAAGUGGCAAGAUUAAAAAGAUUCGGGCAGAUGGUCCUCCAUAUGGUGGGAUUCAAUAUGAAGUAGUACACGCAAUGAGAGAUGGAAGUCCAAUCCUUAGGGACAUGGCAUUUUCAACGGACAACAAACACCUUUAUGUCAUGUCAGACAGACAGGUAUCAAGAGUUCCCGUGGAGUCUUGUGAGCAAUAUUCAACAUGUGGAGAGUGCCUGAGCUCUGGUGAUCCUCAUUGUGGAUGGUGUGUCCUGCACAACAUGUGUUCCCAAAAGGAUAAGUGCAACCGUGCACAGGAGCCAUUCCGUUUCGCAAGCAAUAUAGAUCAGUGUGUUAAGGUUACGGUACAGCCUAACAGCCUCCCAGUCUCAGAGCACAGCCUACCGCUCACUUUAGAAGUUAGUGAUGUCCCAGAUCUGUCUGCUGGUGUCAUCUGCUCCAUCGGUAACAUUUCUCAGGUAGAAGGACAAGUGUCUGGCAGUCGGAUAAUCUGUACUUCCCCAGCGGCAAAAGAUGUUCCCAUUAUACCUGCAGAUCAAGACUGGUUUGGGGUGGAGCUUCAACUAAUCUCCAAAGAGACCGGCAAGACUUUUGUGAGCACAGACUUCAAGUUCUACAACUGCAGCGGCCACCAACUCUGCUUGUCCUGUGUGAAUAGCGCAUUCCGCUGUCACUGGUGCAAGUACCGCAAUCUCUGCACCCACGAUCCAACAACCUGUUCCUUUCAAGAGGGCCGUGUCAAUGUCUCUGAGGAUUGCCCGCAGUUAAUACCCACAGAAGAAAUCCUAAUCCCGGUUGGGGAGGUUAAGCCAAUAACCUUGAAGGCAAGGAAUCUGCCCCAACCACAGUCAGGCCAGAGGGGAUACGAGUGUGUGUUAAAUAUACAGGGUGUGCUACACCGCAUGCCCGCUCUACGCUUCAACAGCUCCAGCGUCCAGUGCCAGAACAGCUCGUAUACCUAUGAAGGAAUGGAUAUCAGUGACCUAGCUGUGGACUUCUCAGUCGUCUGGAAUGGGAAUUUUAUCAUUGACAAUCCCCAAGAUAUCCAAGUUCACCUGUACAAGUGUGCGGCUCAGAGGGAAAGCUGUGGUCUGUGUCUGAAAGCCGAUCAGAAGUUCGAGUGCGGCUGGUGUAGCGGGGAAGGCCGAUGUACGUUGCACCAUCACUGUCCCUCCUCACAAAACCAGUGGCUAGAUUGGUCCAGCAGGAAUGUCAAGUGCACCAAUCCACGUAUCACUGAGAUUCUCACUGUGUCUGGACCCCCAGAAGGAGGCACUCGUGUCACCAUUCGAGGAGUGAACCUUGGCCUAGAUUUUUCUGAGAUUGCGAACAAUGUACUGGUGGCCGGAGUGAAGUGCACACCUGUGGAGGAGGAGUACAUCAUUGCUGAACAAAUUGUGUGUGAAAUGGGCCCGGCGACUUCUGCCUCCACCUCUGGCCCAGUGCUCCUCUGUAUUGGAGAAUGUAAACCAGAGUUCAUGGCCCGAUCUCUGCAGCAGUAUAGCUUCGUGAAUCCAACUGUGUCUCAAAUUAGUCCAUUUCGAGGUCCAGAAUCUGGGGGAACCAUGAUAACUAUCACUGGACACAAUCUAGGAGCUGGAAGCACCGUUUCAAUUCUUCUUGGCAACCAAACCUGUGAAUUUUAUGGGAGGUCUCUGAAUGAAAUAGUCUGCGUGUCGGCUCCGUCCUUGCACGGCUUGGGCCCGGUGCACGUUUCAGUGAGCGUGGACAGAGCUCAGUUAGAGAGCAGUCUGCAGUUUGAAUACAUUGAUGACCCCAAGGUGCUGCGCAUCGAACCUGAGUGGAGCAUUGCCAGUGGUCACACUUCCCUAACAGUCACUGGUACCAACCUUGACAUCAUACAGGAACCGAGAAUUCGUGUGAAGUUUAACGGCAAAGAAUCUGUGAAUGUAUGUAAGAAUGUAAAUGCUACAUAUAUGACAUGCUGGGCCCCUGCUCUUACACCAGAGUAUCGCCCGGGGCUGGAUGCUGUGGAGAGACCAGAUGAGUUUGGCUUUAUCUUCAAUAACGUACAGUCACUACUCAUCUUCAAUAACACCAAGUUCAUCUAUUACCCAAACCCAACUUUCGAACUCCUCAGCACCACAGGCAUCCUUGAGCAGAAGCCUGGAUCUCCUAUAAUACUGAAGGGGAAAAACCUGAGUCCUCCUGCUGCAGGAGGGGUCAAGCUAAAUUACACCGUGUUGAUUGGUGAUACUCCAUGCGCAGUGACUGUAUCUGAGACACAGCUUCUUUGUGAGUCCCCCAAUCUCACUGGACAGCACAAAGUGACCGUUCAUGUUGGUGGAAUGGUUUUUUCACCUGGCUCUGUCAAUGUGAUUUCUGAUAGCCUCUUGACACUUCCUGCUAUUGUCAGCAUAGCCGCCGGUGGAAGCCUUCUUCUCAUCAUUGUCAUCAUUGUACUCAUUGCAUACAAACGCAAAUCCAGAGAGAAUGACCUCACUUUGAAGAGGUUGCAGAUGCAGAUGGACAACCUGGAAUCCCGGGUGGCUCUCGAAUGUAAAGAAGCUUUUGCAGAGUUACAGACUGAUAUAAAUGAAUUAACUAGUGACCUGGAUCGCUCAGGUAUCCCUUACCUGGAUUAUCGGACCUAUGCCAUGAGAGUGCUGUUUCCUGGAAUAGAAGAUCAUCCAGUGCUCCGAGAAUUAGAGGUUCAAGGCAAUGGACAGCAGAGUGUGGAGAAAGCCUUGAAGCUCUUUGCACAGCUGAUCAACAACAAGGUUUUUCUACUGACUUUCAUCCGCACCCUGGAGAUGCAGCGUAGUUUUUCCAUGCGUGACAGGGGAAACGUGGCUUCGCUCAUCAUGACGGCUCUACAAGGGAAGCUGGAAUAUGCCACAGAUGUCUUGAAACAGCUGCUUUCAGACCUGAUUGAGAAGAACCUAGAGAACAAGAAUCACCCCAAGCUGCUAUUGCGCAGGACUGAGUCAGUGGCAGAGAAGAUGCUCACUAACUGGUUUGCCUUUCUUCUACACAAAUUCCUUAAGGAAUGUGCCGGGGAGCCCCUCUUCAUGUUACAUUGUGCCAUUAAGCAGCAGAUGGAGAAAGGACCUAUAGAUUCAAUCACAGGAGAGGCCCGCUAUUCAUUGAGUGAAGAUAAACUGAUUCGGCAGCAGAUUGAGUACAAAACACUGAUCCUGAACUGUGUAAACCCUGACAAUGAAAAUAGUCCUGAGAUACCGGUGAAGGCCUUAAACUGUGACACUAUCACUCAGGUGAAGGAGAAGAUCUUGGAUGCAGUAUAUAAAAAUGUGCCCUAUUCUCAGAGGCCGAGAGCUGUGGACAUGGACUUAGAGUGGAGACAAGGACGCAUAGCAAGGGUGGUUCUACAAGAUGAAGACAUCACAACUAAGAUUGAAGGAGACUGGAAACGGCUCAACACGCUCAUGCACUACCAGGUCUCUGAUCGUUCAGUUGUAGCUCUGGUCCCAAAACAAACCUCAUCUUACAAUAUCCCAGCAUCUGCAAGCAUAUCCCGGACCUCCAUCAGCAGAUAUGACUCCACAUUCCGCUACACAGGCAGCCCUGAUAGCCUUCGUUCUCGUGCCCCCAUGAUCACGCCAGAUCUCGAGAGCGGUGUCAAGGUUUGGCACCUGGUGAAAAACCAUGAACAUGGAGACCAGAAAGAAGGUGACCGGGGAAGCAAGAUGGUUUCGGAAAUCUACUUGACAAGGCUGCUAGCAACAAAGGGAACACUACAAAAGUUUGUGGAUGACCUUUUUGAAACAUUGUUCAGUACAGUGCACCGGGGGAGUGCCCUACCUCUUGCUAUUAAGUACAUGUUUGACUUCUUGGAUGAACAGGCAGACAGGCACAGUAUCUACGAUACAGAUGUCCGGCACACAUGGAAAAGUAACUGUCUACCGCUUCGGUUUUGGGUGAAUGUCAUUAAGAAUCCUCAGUUCGUGUUUGACAUCCAUAAAGGCAGUAUCACAGAUGCCUGCUUGUCUGUUGUGGCUCAGACCUUUAUGGAUUCUUGUUCAACCUCAGAGCACCGUCUUGGAAAAGAUUCUCCCAGCAACAAGCUGCUCUAUGCCAAGGACAUCCCCAACUACAAGAACUGGGUAGAGAGAUAUUAUGCUGACAUUGCAAAGCUCCCAGCCAUCAGCGACCAGGACAUGAACGCUUACCUCGCAGAGCAAUCUCGUAUGCAUGCAUCAGAAUUUAAUAUGCUAAGUGCACUCAACGAGAUAUACUCAUAUGUCAGUAAAUACAGUGUGGAGCUUAUUACAGCCUUGGAACAGGAUGAACAGGGGCGUCGACACCGCUUAGCCUACAAAGUGGAGCAGUUGAUAGCGGCCAUGAGUUUUGACAGCUGAAUUUCAAUGCAGCUCUUUAACCAUGGGAAGGGGGCAGGGUCCUGACAAAGACUCCCCAGACAAAGAGCUGCAGGAUUCCCUGGACAUUCCUUCCAACUGUGAAAAUCUGACAUCAGAGGGUCUUACAGUUGAUCGUCUCACAGAAUGAGGAGAGCAGCCAACGCUGCUCCAUAUUCAUCAUUCCUUCUGAGGCCCUGGAGUGGUCGCUGAAGUUUCCACAAGCCCGGCAGGCUGCUGAUUGCAUGUUGUAUGUAAAUUAAGAGAAGACUCAACUGCUCUGUUUGUUGGUUUGGUUGUUUGUUUAGGUUGUUUUCUCUUCAAAAGACUCCUAUUUUUAUUAUUAUUUAUUGCUUUUUUGGGAUGGGUGUAAAAUGGGGGGAGAGUACAUUAUUUUUCAUCCCUAAAAAGACACAAAUUGAAUUUUUCAUAGAUUUAAAUUCUUAAGCGGCCACACUUGGCAUAUUUUGCACUGGUUCAAGGGAUGACUUUCAAGAUUUGGAAGACUGUGGAUUUUUGAAACAUGUAUCCACUACCAGCUGAUCUACCAGAGGACUUGCACCCCAUGGCCUGUCUACUUAGGAACUGUACUUAAGGCCACUCACUCCAAAUUCACCAGCUAAUCCAAUUGUGAAUUUCUCAUAGCAAGAGGCAUGUGUCCAUUAACCAAGUGGAAUGACCCUUUAAUGUUGUUAUGAAUCAUUCUGUACCAAGUUUCAUUGCUUUUUGUGUGAAAACCAUUGCCUACAGCUUUUCACAUAGGGACCUUGAAAUCCAUUGAAACAGAAUAAUCUGACCCUAAGGCCUCAUGCACACGACCAUUUGUGUUUUUUGCGGUCCGCAAAAAACGGAAUCUUCAAAAAAUACGGACAACGUAAUACGGACAAUAAUAGGACAUGUUCUAUUUUUUUGCGGAACGGAAAUACGGACAAACGGA